ACCACCCUUUUUUUACACCUUCACUACUCGAUCCUCUUCCAUGGCUUCGGAUACCUGUUGGAGUCGUAUGUUUGCCGAGGAUGAAGCCUCUUGGUGCUGCAUCUUCGUGUUGGUGACCCUUCUACUACUCAACUCUUUCGAGGAAACGAACUCUACGAUGAUGAAUGAAGAGGAACAUGAUGGCAAAGUGAUCGGUGGUCGUCGGCUGUUGGAGCGAGCGUGCGAUGAAAUCUAUGUCGUUGCAGAAGGAGAAACCCUGCACUCGAUAAGUGAUAAGUGUGGUGAUCCAUUUAUAGUGGAGCACAACCCUCAUAUUCAUGACCCUGAUGAUGUUUUCCCUGGACUUGUCAUCAAGAUUACUCCUCCGAGCUCUCUUUCUUCGACAUCGUUUAAACGGUAGCUUUGUUUGUAUUUGCCAUGAUUGAUCAUUGG